AUGGAUGAUGGAGUACACACUGGAGUUAGAGAAAUAACUCUAGUAUACGGUAGCUACAUCGACUCGAUCCGUGUAACAUAUGAUAACAACGGUAAACCGUUUCUAGCUGAAAAACAUGGUGACAUUGGUGGAACCAAAUCGGCUCAGAUUAAGCUACAAUUUCCAGAUGAGAUCUUAGUAAGUGUUAGUGGGCACUAUUGCCCCGUCGUCUAUGGAGGCAGCCCGGUGAUUCGGUCACUCACUUUCAAGAGCAACAAACGAACAUUUGGGCCAUUCGGGGUUGAAGAAGGAACACCCUUUAACUCCUUUACAAAUGGGGGCCAUAUUGUAGGGUUUAAUGGAAGAAGCGGGUGGUUUCUGGAUUCCCCCGGGUUCUACCUAUCAAGUUAUUCAAGCCCCAAACAAAACCUCUUUCAAAGAUUCCAGAUAAUGUAUAAAGGAUUCAACCCUCUUGCUAUUAAAGAUGGUAAACAUAACAAAAUCAAAGGUUCAAAAGGUCAUUGGUGGGGCAUAUGA